AUUUAUAUCGUACAUCGCAAUAACACUCAUACCAACGAUUUGUCACAAUCUCCAUAAAACUCUCCACCUCGCUAGUUCACAUUCUUCGCUCUAUCCACAUUUGUUCUGUAGUGACAUUUCGCUCUGCAAACCAAUACAAAAUUGAAAUAUUGUUUGCUAAAUAAAAACAAAAGUACGAGGAAAACAUGCCUUUGACGGCCGAAGUUGCAGCUAUUCAAGUUCAGGAGCGCUUGACAUCGAUUCAGGGUCUAAUACAUGCCAUUGAUAAUGAGCGGCGUCGAAAUGAAAACAAUCUGAAUAAUUUAACGCGAUUGCAAGAAAAAUACGGUCCAGAUGAAAAGUCAAAUUCAGCGCAGCAUAAACUUCGAAGCCAGUACAAAACGUGUAUGAACGAUGCAAUACAGGAGGAAAGUUUGAUUCGAGAUGCUCUGGCCAAAAUACAAGAAAUUCGAAAUAUCCGCAACGAACGUCGAAUUCAGGCACGAAAUGCUGGCAAUAAAGAAACGAUACGUCGUGGCGCACUGAUGAAAAUGCUGCAAAUAUCGGCACAAACAUUGCCACUGUUUGUAAGCAAACCAGAUGAAAAGACGCCUCCAUUGGUCGGGGCCAUUCCAGCCGAUAGCUCAUACAUUGCAAAGCCUGGAGAUAUUGUUGCUGCACUGGUAAAGGGAUUGGAAGAUGAAGACAGUUGGAUUCUAGCAGAAAUUGUAUCGUUCAAUGCAAGCCAAAACAAGUAUGAGGUGGAUGACAUCGAUGAAACAAAAGACAGACACGUUCUAAGCAAACGCAGAAUUGUACCGUUGCCAUUGAUGCGAGCCAAUCCAGAAACGGACGCACAUGCACUAUUUCCAAAGGGGACAAUGGUGAUGGCACUUUAUCCGCAAACAACGUGCUUCUACAAAGCAAUUAUCAAUAACUUACCCGAAACAGCAACCGCCGACUAUGAGCUACUUUUUGAAGACGCAAGCUAUCCGGAAGGCUAUUCGCCUCCACUGUUGGUCGCUCAACGCUAUGUUAUCGCAUUCAAGCAUACGAAGAAAAGUGGAAAUGUAUCAAGUUGACCAGAUACAAGUGAUACCAGUAUCGAUCCGGAUGAUGCUCGUUAGCAUACUUUUUUGUUUGGCAUCCAAUACUUAAACACGGACUUGAUACCUAUUCAACCGGAAUAUUUCAUAUUUCAUUCGAAAUCGUAUUCGCCAUUAAAAUAAUAUUAGAAUAGGCUUUAAAUUUUAAUCAGACAGAGUCGAAGAGAAAAUGUAGACACAGAGUGAGAGUUGAAAGUUGAAACAUUAAAGAAAUUAAAGACGAUCAAUUUAACAAUGAAUGCAACGAUGCGUUA